AUUUUGAAGAGGCGCUUAUUCGACGCGGAAGUCGCCAAGACCACUGUAGAUAGCCUCGGUUCUCGUUCGUUCGGAGACACUGCGUUCGAAUUCGUAAGCGACAUCAUGCCCGAAACUAUCAAGCGAUAUCCUGACCCGGACAAGCCUGUCCACAUUAUCUUUGUGGGAGCUGGUGCCGUCGGUUGUUUCUAUGCGUCGAGGCUGCAUCAUCCCUCCAAAAACAUCCACGUCUCCCUCAUCGCCCGUUCCAACUACAAAGCCCUGCUAGACAACGGCGUCAAACUACAAACCCACUCCUUCGGCGACUACACUUUCACUCCGCACGCCGUCUUCCCCAACGUCGCCGCCGCCGCCUCCGCCCCUGUUCAACAAUGGGACUACGUCAUCGUAACCACCAAAGCGCUGCCCGACCGCGGUGACGACUCGGCCCUCAUCGCCCCGCUCAUCGGUCCCAACUCGUGCAUCGUCCUGAUCCAAAACGGCGUUGGCGUCGAAGCGCCCUACCGCACCCGCUUCCCUUCGACGCCCAUCAUCAGCGCCGUCACCGUCGUCUCGGCCGAGCAAAUCAGCCUCGGCGUGAUCCGGCAGAACCGGUGGACGCGCAUCCACCUCGGUCCGUACUCUAACUCCGCUAGCUUUGAUACUAGCACGCCUGCUACCAAAGACCGUGAAGCCCCUUCUGCCACUCCCAAAGGUGAAACAGGCGGUUUAACACCCACCGGCUCCUCCCCCUCUCCCUCCUCAUCUGCGCCAUCCCCAUCCCCAUCCCACACCCUCACCCCCACCGACCUCGCCCUCCAACAAAAAGGCCACGACCUCGCCGCCCGCCUAACAUCCUACCUCGUCCACCUCGGCUCAAUCCGCGACGCCCACCUCUCGUCCGAAUCCCACCUCCAACUAAUCCGGUGGCACAAACUCUGCAUCAACGCCGCCUUCAACCCGUGCUCCGUCCUUUCCGGGGGGCUUGGCAACGCCGAGAUGGUUCGGGACCUCGAACUCCGCCUCUUUUUGUCCAGCAUAAUGUACGAGAUCUGGGAUGCCGCUCCCCUUAUCCUCGGUCUACCGAAAGGUGAAGGGUUCGAUAAAGAUCCCAAGGGGUUUGCGGCGCCGGAGAAGAUCUUGAAGAGUACGGAGAGGAAUGUGGGAUCUAAGCCGAGUAUGUUGUUGGAUUGGGAGGCGGGGAGGCCGCUGGAGCUGGAGGUUAUUGUGGGGAAUCCGGUGAGGAUUGCGAGGGGACGGGGGGUGGAGAUGCCGAGGUUGCAGGGGGUUUAUGCGCUUUUGAGGAGUAUGCAGGGUGUUAGGGAGAGGAGGAAGAGGGAGGGGAAGUUGUGAAUGGGCGAAUGGUGGUUGGGGGUGAGGAAAAGGGAGGUUGUGGCUUGUGAGUGAGGAAAAGGAUGUGGAGGUGAGAGGUGGGUUGACGGGUUGAGCGAGCGAGCGAGCGAGCAUUGUUACUGCUCUUUGGCGAUAGUUCAGGUUCGGGAGUAAAGGAUUUGGAUGGUGGCAUGUAGAGACUGGUAGUUCACAGUAGUAUAUCAGGAUACGGUAGAAGAUGGAGUAGAAAACAUGUUGGUCCUAACUCUCACUGUGUUGAGAAGA